CACUCAACCUUUUUAAAAAAACUGAGCCAACCUGUUGAGCGUAAGUGAAAAAAGGGUGUCGGCAUCUCCGAUUCAGUUAGUAGAGAAUAGGCUGGUCUUAUAUGACAUUCGGUUACCACUCUGCACAAACACCUCGCUUUCCUUGUGCCUUUUAGAGGUAGUCUCUGUUGAGUCAUGGCAAAGAUCACAGCCCUGGUCCUGGUUACCUUUUUGUCCCUUGUUUAUGCUGAGGAAAACCAAGCUGAAGAAGAGGACCCCUUCACUUUUGACUACCACAGGCUCCGUGUGGGGGGUCUGAUCCUGGCCGCUGUGCUAUGCUUGAUUGGCAUCACUAUUCUGCUGAGUGGACACUGCAGGUGCAAGUUCAACCAGGACAAAAGGAGGAGAACAGGAAGUGGUGCUGCUGGCCAGCAGAUGCUCAACGAUGCAGCACGGGCCAGUGAAUGCUAAGAGCCAAUCAGAGGACCACAUGAGCGCUGACAUAAUCUGCAACGAUAAUUGACCAAAUGGACAGGGGUUUAGGACAUAGAAAGGGAGAGUGGGUAGAGUGGGUUCUUCCUUGCAUUGGCUAAUGCUUAGAAGAUGCUGAUUGGAUAAUGGUAUGGAGGGGGAGUGGGGCUUCAUACUCCAGGGGAAGUUGAAGUAAAUGGAGACACAACCAAUGCACCUGCACCGUCCGGCUCUCAGGCUAUAACCUCUGUGGGACCUGGAGCGCAAGUCAUCCUUUCAAAGCUGUAAUGUUUUCAUUUCUGAUUUUUUAAA